AUGGCUAGUAAUAAAGAUUCAAAUUGGUGGAAAAAGUUGUGCAAGGUAGAUAUAGGACAAUGGGGAAACUCGAACUUUUUUUUUUCUUCUGUUAAAGAGGUGUAUAAAGAUUUAUCUAACUCUGAUUAUGAUCACCAUCUUGAUGCUUGGCAUAAGGUUUGGCACAAAGCGAUACCUUCGAAAAUUUCAUGUUUUGGUUGGAGAUUAUUUCAUAAUAGUUUAGCUAUUAAGAAUAAUCUUUAUAGAAGGAAUGUCAUUGGUCAAGGAUCCAGUAGGUGUAUCGGGGACUGUGUCGCUGUUGAAUCUAGACCUCACUUGCUUUUCGAGUUCCCUUAUUUUUCAGGUAUAUGGCAAUCAGUUUGCAAGUGGUUACACAUUUCCACUGCUUUGCAUAGAGAAAGUAUGGAGCAUUUUGUUCAAUUUGAAGGUCUGUUUGGAGAUGAUAAGGAAAACUUGUAA